AUGCAUAUUUCGAAUCUUGUGACUCUUGCCAUCUUGCCCUCAGCUUAUGGACAGCUUAACACGCUAGCCAAGGCUGCUGGUCUCAAAUACUUCGGUUCCGCCACAGACAAUGGAGAAUUGACCGAUACCCAGUAUACGGCCAUUCUCUCCAACACCAGUCAAUUUGGACAGAUCACACCUGGAAACACACAAAAAUGGCAAUACAUUGAGCCAACGCAGAACACUUUCAGUUAUACCCAGGGUGAUGUGGUGGUGGAUUUCGCCGAGAAGAAUGAUCAAAUUCUUCGAUGCCAUAACUUGUGUUGGUAUAAUCAAUUGCCUUCCUGGGUUACCUCGGGCACAUGGACAAAUGCUACUUUGAUUGCCGUGUUGAAGAAUCACAUUAAAAAUGAAGUUACUUACUACAAGGGCAAAUGCUACGCCUGGGAUGUCGUUAACGAGGCAUUCAACGAUGAUGGUACCUACCGUUCAUUUGUCUUCUACAACACCAUUGGACCCGAAUACAUCCCCAUCGCAUUCGAGACUGCAGCUCUCUACGAUCCAGAUGUAAAGCUCUACUACAAUGACUACAACAUUGAGAGUUCGGGGGCCAAAGCCACCGCGGCCCUUAACCUCGUCAAAUCGCUCCAAGCCCGCGGUAUCAAAAUCGACGGUAUUGGUCUCCAAGGUCACUUCAUCGUCGGCGAAACACCAAGUGAAUCCGCACUCGCUACUACUCUCCGAUCUUUCACUGCCCUCAACGUCGAAGUCGCCUACACGGAACUCGAUGUUCGUUUCUCGAGUCUUCCACCUACGACUGCUGGUCUCGCUCAACAAGGUGUCGAUUACGCUAAUACCGUUAAUGCCUGUCUUAGCGUUGAUGGAUGUGUUGGUGUAACCGUCUGGGAUUUCACGGAUAAAUAUUCGUGGAUUCCUUCGACUUUUAGUGGUCAAGGUGAUGCUUGUCUUUGGUACUCGGACUUUUCUCUUCAUCCUGCUUAUAAUAAUGUGAUUUCUGCUCUUGCGGCUGCGGCGGGUGUUCCGGUUGUUAUUUCGACUCUGCUUCAAGAAAGUUAUCCCUAA